AUGGGGUGCACUUCUUCGGUGUACGCAAUAGGGAGAAGGAAGAACAAGCCAAUCAUACCCGAAGUUGUAGUGUUCGUUCCUUCUAUGCGGAUUCCCUCACAUUCUGAUCUUCAAAGGUCGAUUAAAGGACUUGUUCCCUGCGAUCUUGCCUGUAGAUUGGCUUGUCUUCGCAACCACAUUGGUUUGGUGGCAGAUGACACUGGUGGAUCGGCUAUUGCUGAACUGAGACGGGCACUAGAGGAGUACUUGCCACUUCUGAUUGGGCUAACCAGAAAAGAAAAUGGUCUUGAAGACUUGGUGGAAUUCAAGUGGAAAAGUGCACAAGGUGGAAAACAAGACAUCCCUGUGGCAAACUCCUGGUUUGAAUUACUUUCUGUUCUUCACAUGAUGGCAAUGCUGACAUUGACAGAGGCUAACUCCUUGAUGAUCCCAAACGAUUACUCUGGCAAUGGUAUAAGGGUUGUAUCUUCUGAUUGCAAGAGAGAAGCUGUUGAUUUACUGCUUAAAGCAUCAGGUUACUUGGAGUUCUGCUUCAGGGAUGUAUUGCCUCAAAUACCAACGGAUAUUAGGAAAGGAUUGUCAAAAGAUUUGCAAGGUGGCAUAUUGGAGGCCAUCUCUAUUCAAGUAUUAGGCCAGGGAACUGAAAUUCAGCUUGGGUUAGCAGUUGAAAGCCAAAAGGCUAGUUUAUCAGUGAAGAGGAGAUUGGCGUGUGAACAAUUGAUCUAUUUUAGUCAGGCUUAUCACUGCCUGUCUGGAUGUGACACCAGUCAUGGCUAUGGAAAGAAGCUUCUCUGCUUCAUCAAAUGGAAAUUCCUUGAAGCAAAGGCAGCAGCUUACUACUACCACGGUUUGAUUCUAGACAAAGGCAAUGAACCUGUAGGUCAUGUUAGCGCCAUGUGUUGUUUUCUUGCCGCAGAAGAACUGUUGACAGAGAGCAAGAGAGCCUGCUUAAGCUUUUGCCUUGCAACUCCUGUGACCAGGGCACCUGCACCUUGGGGAUCUAUGAAGCAUUUAAAUAAAAAAAUUCCAGAAGUUGCAUCAAGGAAAUCUCAGAUGUAUGGCUACCUCCUCGAAGAAGACAAGGGACUCCAAGCAUUGCCGGACCUGCCGGAUUUCCAACUAUCUCUGAGUCCCGAUGAUUAUGAAUUGCCUGAAAUUGAUCCUGCAUGGGAUACUGAAAAGUGGGAACUACCAAGCCAUGCCCUAAAACAGCACCUCAAAGAUGGUGAAGACGAGAUCGCAACAGAAUGACAUAUAUAUUGUUUGAAGCGUCCAAAAACCACAGAGGACACAAGGUCUACAUUUGAAUGCCUUUCAUCAUUAUGAAUUUCUGAUAUUAUGCAGUACUCGUGAGAUUCUUAAUUAUGCAGUACGUGCAUUCAAACUCUUGAUGCAUAAAUUAUGCAAUGAUUAGAUAUAUUAAACAGAAGAGGCUGUCUGUUUUUACAGUAAAUCACUCGGAAAGUGUUUUUACAUGUUGA